AUGUCUGGCAUGGCCUCAGUCUUUGUGUUGGUCUACCUGUUUCCAUGGAGACAAAUGAUGACUCAGAUCCUGGGGCCUGUGUUUAAUGGAAUCAGCCUGGGCCUGAGAUGCAGUGGACUGGUGGGGAACUCGUCCUCCUCCUUCAUGGGCUCCUUCCUGGCCAGUGGCUUGGGCUCGGCCCCGUCUCACCCUCCCCACCCCUCCAGGCCUCCGUCCUCCCCCUCCUCCCACUCCGGCACCUCGCAGAUCUGGUUCCCCCACUCACAUGAAGCGGCUACAGGGUAUCCUCGUUUCUCAGGGACGCUCACCCACACCUUCCUUCCCAUGGGCCCUUUGGAUCACCAUGCCAACAGCGGUGUCCUCUACGGCCAACACCGUUUCUAUGACACUCAAAAAGAGAAUUUCUACUUGAGAGGGCUCCCCUCUCAAACUCUCCUCUCGGCCAAUCACAGCAUGCCGCCAAUCUCCAGGGCGGGGCAAGGGGGAGGCUCUAGCGCAAAGACCCCCGAGCGAGGCAUGUCCGUGUCCAGCCGGCAGAAGGAGCCAAUGAGCAGCAAGCAGGAAGCCAAGCAGAGACAGCAGCACCAAUCGCAUCAGCUCCAGCAGACGCAGGCUCCGCCGCAGAGCGGCCAGGCCCAACACCAACACCCCCAGCAGCAGCAGCACCCCGCCGCGCACCCCGCGCUCAGCAUGGAGGACGGCAGCAUGCACCCGGGAGCUCCGCACCCCCAGGCCGUCGCCACGCCGCUCAGCGCCUGCCUGCUCAACAGCGGCGGCGUCGGCGUCUCCAAGAGCUCCAGCUGCGGCGAGGGCGUCGGGGGCCCGUUCCCGGACCGCGUGCGGGGCGAGAUGCGCAUCAGCGAGCAGCCGAACGUGGCCGACUGCGUCCAGCGCAAGCAGGCUGGUGGCGGCCUGCAGCAGCACUCGCUGCCCUACGCCGCCCUCCCGCCACACACGCUGCCCCCUGCUGGCGGCGCCGGGCACCCGCGGGGCUUCCACUGCCUGCAGUUCCACCCGCACCACCCGCACGCGCACGGGCACUACAACCCCCCUCACCCGGAGCUCCUCUACCCGCACCCGCCCGCGCCCUUGCCCAACCCCCCCAUGCCCCACAGGACUGGCCCUGUGCUGGUCGAGCAGAAGGCCGUCGUGCCAACGUUCGGGCCAGCCGUCGGGCAGCCCGGGGAAAAGGCCAACGGGUCUUUUCAGCUGGGCAGCCCGGAGUGCCAUGCUAUUGGCAACGGGGGCGGCAGUGCCAAAGAGAAGGCUUUGCAGAAGAGCGGUGGCAGCGACGGGCACGCUCAGGCGUGGCACAGGAAGCAGAUGUCCUACAGGAAGGCAGAGAAAGGCCCCGACUGGGCGCUCAGCCAUCAACAGCUCCAACAGCAACAACAACAGCAACAGCAACAACAACAACAGCAACAACAGCAGCAACAACAACAGCAACAACAACAACAACAACAGCAGCAACAACAACAGCAACAACAACAACAGCAGCAGCAGCAGGCGGCUCAGCUUCAGAACAGGACCCCACAGGCGUCCCCGGCACGUUCCCGCAGCGUAGAUCCAGACCCCUCCAGAGCCCCUCCAGCUCAGCAGCCCAAAGCCAGCCACCAGCAGCAGCAGCAACAACAACAACAACAACAACAACAGCAGCAGCUCUACGUCACCGCUCAGGCCUACAGAGACUGCUCGCACCCGGGGCCCCCUCCCAACCACUCGCCCCUGACGGCUAAACCCCUGGGUCAGGACGGGCGCGGCGGCGGCGGCGGUGGAAGCGGCAGCUGCUCAAUGCAGAGGGACGGGCAGAAGGUCGCCCGCAUACGGCAUCAGCAGCACGGCCGAACGGGCUCCGGCACGCCCGGUCUGGAACCGGCGCCGACCAACGGAGGUCACGACCCCAAGAGGAAAAUAGACCUGACCCACAAUCCGACCCACGGCCUCAACCCCAGCUCCAACCAGAGCCAGACUCACCACAGCCACAACCCCAGCCACAGCCACAACGUCACCCACAACCCCAAUCACAGUCACAACACCAACCACAACCAUAACGCUAGCCACAACCCCAACCCAAACCUCCAGUACAGCUACUCUCGGCAAGGGCAUCCGCCUCCGGAGGUGCAGCCGUGGCCCCCCACGCCCCAGCGGCCGGACACCCAGCGACAGCAGCAGCAACAGCAGCAGCAGCAGCAGCAGUCCGCCGUCUACAUGAGCUCCAUCAGUGCUAACGGAGCCAGACAGCACCCUGCCAUGGCCCCACCGGUCCCUGUUCCAGUCCCUCUCGCCCCAGGGCCCGGCCCCCCAGCCAUUCCUCCCGCCCCAGCCCUGGCGCACAGGCCCCCCCAAGGGCCUCCCCAAGGACCCCCCCAGGGGCCCCCGCAGGGGCCUCCAGCCACAGAUCCAGGGGCCAUGAAGAACCUGCUGAAGUACACCACCCAGCAGCAGCAGCAGCAACAGCAGCAGCAGCAGCAGCCUCUGUCCCAGAAGACGCCGUUCGGAGGGCUGGGGAGCCUGAAGACCAGCUGCUCGCUGCAGGGCACCAAGCCCGUGCUGCCGCCCCGGAGGUCGUCGGCGUCGUCCGGCGAUGGCCAGCGGUCCGACUGCGGCGGACGGGGCCGCGAGCUGAGCGAGGCCGCGGGGCACGGCGAGGGGGAGGUGCGGCAGCCGCCCGUGGGGAUCGCCGUCGCCGUGGCGAGGCAACGGGAGCCUCCCUGCCGUAUGACGGACAGCCAGAGCAGAGCGAGAGGGCAGCCUGCCGUGAAGGAGUCUCCAUCGGAGGAGGACCGAGGGAGAAUGAGGGACCACAUGGCUCUUCACAGAGACACGUUUAUCAGGGAUAAUAAGGACAGGCUGGAAUUCGCUCGGAUUCAUCCCUCUAACAGUUGCCAUGGAGACUUCAGCUCUCACCUCAUGGGGUCAGGCGGGUCCGCUCUGCAGGAGCAGACUGCACACGCACACUCCGCUCACCACCAUUGGAUGGCGCAGACAGGAAGCCCCUCCCUCUGGAUGUCUGGCCACUCCUAUAGUCUGAGUCACUCUGCCCUGCACCAGAGCCUCCCCCCUGGCUUCCCGGCAUCUGUGCCGCCCCCCCUGCAGCCCGUGCUCCCGCUGCCCCAGGACCCCCCGGCCCUCGUCAUGCUGCCCCCCGACAACAGCACACACACCGCCUCUCACCUCGAUGUGAUGGACUCCUCGGCUCUCUGGCCUCCAGUGUUCCGGCCUCAGGGUCCGGCCCACAUGCAGCAUCCCGCUGUGUUCUCCCGCCAACAGUUACUACGGCAACAGGAGCUGUACGCGCUCCAGCAGCAGCAGCAGCACCAGAGCCAGCAGCCGCACAGAAACAACCAUGCGCAGGUCCAGCGGAAGCCAGAAGAGGGUGCUGUGGAGCUGCAGGACAUCCUGUCCGAGCCGCGGAGUCCCGCGGGGGGUCAGCACUUCUACAACCAGUCCAGCAUGGCGGCCCCCGCCACGCACCUCUCGCCCUGCUGCCAGUCGCCCUGCCUGCGGCCGCACCCCCAGAGCACCCCGUCCACCCCCUGCCCCGCCAUCAGCCCGUCUCCCUCGCUGCCCCCCAAAUCGGCCGAGCCACAGGGUCAGCCUCCGCACGACUACCCACAAUCCCUAGAGCCGGACCUGCCCCCAGGGUAUACAUACCCUGCCAUGAACAUCGCCUACAGGGGAGACCCCUCCCCUCAGGACGUGCCAUUGGCUGAGCCCGCUGAUUUGAAUGCCGUUCAAGCGGAACCCACAGAGCAUGACCCGCCCACUCUCUCUGGCCUUGGGGAGGAGUUUGAGUGUCAGACAGUGAGACCCCUCCCACACCAGGAAGUAGUGGAGGCGGUGGAGGAGAGGGAGGCCCAGGAGGAAGCGGAAGAGGUGGAGGAAGAGGAGGAGGAGAAGCAGUUAAGUGGGUCCGGUGGUGUGGGCGUGGCUGUGGCCGUGGGGAGCAUGGUGAUUGGCUGCUGCGCUCCGUUGGAGCUUGACCCAGCCACCCGUCCGGCCAGUCCUGUGGCAGAGGCGUCUCCCAGCAGCGACCCAGCCUGCGAACCCGCCGUCACCUUUGACCCGACGGUGACCUCUGACCCUUCGGCGGCCUCUUCCGCUCCGGUCAUCUGCGACCCUGUCGAGAUCUCCGAUCCCCUGGCGACGUCCGAGCCCUCGGACGCCUGCGAACUCCCGAUCCCGCCUCACCCGUCGGCCGCCGGCGAGACCGCGGUCCACCCAGACUCCACCGCCGCCAUCGCCGCGGACCCCGAGGACACGACGUCGGACGCGACAGCCGACCACGACCCCGCCUCGACCUCUGAACCCCCGACAAACCCCCGCGAGGACGAAGUCAGCUGCGAGGCUCUGGAGCCGAAGGCAGAGGGCGAGCCCUCGGAGGACGCCGUAUCCCAGGAGGCCGUGUGCGUCGGCGGCGAGGAGGAAACGCGCUGCGAUUCGCUGAGCUGCUGGAGUCUGGAGCUGCUGAUCGCGGCGGCCUUCUGUGGGGACGCGCCGCCCCCCUCCCCCGCCCCCCUCACCCCCUCCAGCCCCCCGCACCACGGCAUGGAGCUGCUCAGCGAGCUGGCAGAGCUGCAGCUGCACAGCAACAGCACCGCUAACAGCCAGGAGGGGGACAGUUUGACCUUUGACCUGCGGAGUCUGGCGACGCUGGCAGUGGCCCGCGCCCUGGAGCUGGGCUCGGUGGAGAAGCUGAGGGACGCCGGGAAGCCCAGCCUCGCCCGGCGAGCCAUCAACCUGCGCAGGAAGUGCAGCUGGACCCCUCGCCACGAACAGGCUGGUCCAGUGAAGGCGGGCAUGGAGGCGGGCGAUGGAGAAGAGCUGGCAAUGCGGGUGAGACUGGCAGAGCUGCAGCGGCGCUACAGAGAGAAACAGAGAGAGCUGGCCAAGCUACAGAGGAAGCACGAGAAUCAAAAAGAGGAGCCUCCCCGCAGCCCUGUCCGUCGGGGGCCCGGUCGGCCCCGUAAGCGUAAGCUGGCCCCAAGCCUCAGUCCUGCUGCCUCCACAGACACCCAGAGAAGAGGAAAAUCGAUACCAUCAGGGUUCUGUCUGUCUGGAGGGCCUCAGAAGAAGAGGACCAAGCCCAGUGGCCAGGACUUUGGGCGCCUCAGCUCCACAGAGAGCUCGUCUGUGGGUCGUGAGAAACGAGGAUCUGACCAGCAGGUGUGUGUGCUGAGGCAGAAACGAGGCAGAAGGCCAAGAGAAGGAGCAGCCAUGGAGAGACACACUAACACCACCAACGAGUCAGAGGGGCAGAGUGACACAGACAGCUGGCAGGGCGGAGUGGCUAGUAAAGGCCGCAGCAGGAGGAAGAGUCCUGCUUCAUCAUCAUCAUCCUCACGACCGCAGCUCUCUAGACCCGGGCGCCCACGCCGCAUCAGGCAGGAAGUGAUGUCGCCUUCUGACAGCCAAUCAUCCGGGCAAGAGGAUGAAGAGGUGGACAGCUACGACAGCGAUGACGGACAGGACCUCAGAGCUCCGCCCCUGAGCGAAGCUCCAUCAGCCUUAACGGUGACGGGUGCCACGCCCUCCUCGGUGGUGAAGCUGGAGGCCAAUCAGAAGGCCCGGAAGAAGAGGGAGAGACAGGAGCUCUAUGGGUGUGUGGGCGUAUUUGCGGCAGAUGACGAGGUGAAGGUGAGGAGGAGCGCCCCCUGUGGGAGCCGAGCGGUCACUGCAGUCAAGAGGAGAGUGGGGAGGCCGCGGCGCGAGCCCACCGACUUCCUGACCUCCUCCAGCAGCAGCGAGAGGCUCAAGAGGGCCACGCGGAGGAGCACUGUGCUCAGGAGGAGUAGCUGGUCUACACUCUGUGACGUGUCCCUGAGAAGCCAAAGAAGCCGAGAAAGACAGGCACGAUCAGUGAGUCAGCUUCUGAGGAGCCUGGCGGCAGAUGAAGACUUUACACUAGAGGGCGAUAGCAGCUUCUCAGAGGAGGAGAGCAAAGUUACACUACCUAACUGUGUCCUGACCAAAGACCUGCUGAUGGAUGGACUGAAUAUAUUGAUCUCUAAAGAGGACGAGCUUCUGUAUGCUGCAAGAGUCCACAACUACAAUCCACCAGACUUUUACAGCGUGUUCAUUGAUGGAGAGAGAGGUGGCCAUCCUAAGAUCUACUCACGGGAAAAGCUACUCCAGGGGGCGGUUUUGGACGUGUCUCCCAAGACUGAGGCGAUGUUGCGAGAGGGGACCAGAGUGUGUGCUUACUGGAGCGAGCGCUCGCGAUGCCUCUACCCUGGCUAUGUGGUGCGUGGGCGGGGGCUGAUGGGAAGAUGGGUGGGGUCAUGGUGGAGUUUGACGAUGGAGACCGCGGGCGGAUCUCUGUGGGUCACAUCCGCCUGCUGCCGCCCUCCUACCAGAUCCAAUAUGUGCAACCAGACCGCCACCUGCUGGAUGGUUGUGGAUCAGGCAGACAGACUUCAGCACCGUCUCAGCAGAGUGAGGGCUGCGUUAGUUCAGAAACCAAAGCGAGGGAGACCCAAAGGAUCUGGCAAGAAGAAGCUGACCAAUAGCAUGGCGCCGGUGCUGAGCUGGCCCACGAUGUCCACCAGGAGGUCCAAGGAGAACCUGUUCCAGCUAGGCCUCCCCCGGAGCUCCCGCCUGGCCCAGCCGCCCUCCUCGCCCUCCUCGGCCCCCGUCCACAGCCUCUUCAGCAGCCGCUCCUUCGCGGUGGACUCCUUCAGCAGCAUCGCCCAGAGCUACGGCUGCGCCUCCUCCUUCUGCUCCCCCCCGGCCCCGGGCCUGGCCUCCACGGGGAGCCACAGGGACCCCAGGAGCAGCAGCGGCGGCGGCGGUGGCGGCGGUGGCGUCUCCUCCUCCUCCUCCUCCAGGAGGAGGCGCACGGAGGAAGGUGGCGGAGAGGCGUCCAGGGGCAGCCGGAGGCCGGAGUUCAUGGUGAAGCUGGACCACGAGGGCGUGACGGAGGCCAAGACCAAGAGCGGUAAAGUGCUGCAGGCUCAGAGAGGAGGAGGAGGAGGAGGAGGAGGAGGAGGAGGAGGAGUGGUGGCGGUCAGCGUGUCCAGGCCGGAGGCGUACGCCCACCCCGUGCUGCUGGUGGAGGAGAAGCGGAGGGACGGGCGCUCGGGGGCCGAGCUGCUGCUGAAGGGGGCGCUGCCUCACAGGAAGCUGUCGCCACCCUCGCCGCCGCUGCGGAGAGCCGAGUGCGGGCGGUCGUGGGGCGGCCGGAGCUGCGACCGGUACCCCGGCGUGGCCGAGGGGCAGAAGAGGACGAGCUCCCAGGCGACAACGCCGACGACGACAACAACAACGACAACGCCGCCGGCGUCAGCCCACUACCUGUCGCGCGUCUCCUCGCGCCUGUCGUCGUCCUCCUCCUCGUCCUCGGGCUCGUCUUCGUCCUCGGGCUCGUCCUCCAGCUCCAGCCUCUGCUCCUCGGACAACGACUCGUCCUGGAGCUCGGACGACGACGAGGGCUCGCCGCCGCUCCUGCUGCGCGGCUGCAUGCCUUCCCAGCAUGCCCUGCUCCCGCCGCCCGCCCCGCCUCCGGCAGCGUUCUCCUCCUCCGGCCGCUCCUUCGUGGCCAAGGCGGUGACCAUGUCCAGCGGUGGCGGCAGCGGCAGCCCUGCGGCUAACAGGAAGAGGAAAGAGCUGCUGCUGUCGCUGUCCAGUCCUCCUAGAGAGCUGCCCAAGAGGCCCAGGCUGCACGCAGAUGACUGUUACUCGCCCUGCCCGCCCGCCCAUCCGGGAAAACAGCCGUGGAAGUGGGUCGGAACCCCCACACAGAGGCGUGGUCUGAAGGGGAGGGCUCGCAAGCUGUUCUACAAGGCGGUGGCGCGCGGCAAGGAGACGGUGCGCGUGGGCGACUGCGCCGUAUUCGUGGCGGCCGGCCGGCCUCACCUGCCGCACGUUGGCCGCAUCCAGGGCCUCUGGGAGUCCUGGACCAGCAGCAUGGUGGUGAAGGUGCGCUGGUUCUACCACCCACAGGAGGCCGGCAGGGGCAAGAUGCACCGAGAAGCCAAGCAUGCACUAUACCAGUCCAGUCAUGAAGAUGAGAACGAUGUCCAGACAAUCUCUCAUAAGUGCCAGGUGUUGAGCUGGGAGGAAUACGAGCGCGUCUGUCGCAGCAGGAAGUCGCGCGACGGCGGACAGGAAGUCUUCUACCUGGCGGGGACCUAUGACCCUGGGAGCGGCCAGAUGGUGACAGCACAGGGCCUCUCCAUUUUCUGCUAACGCCUAACCGAAAAGACGAUCCAUUCUAAAAAGCCACGGUCCACACUUGUCCCCUUAUCCCUAUUCGCUGCACCUCCAUAAUAUGUUGGGACCAGACCACAGACAUGCACGCUCACAGGCGCGCGCACACACAAAAACACACACACACACACACGCACACGCACGCACACACACACACACACACACACACACACACACACACAAGCACAUACAUAUCAGACACGCUUUCAACCAGGGUCUGUCGCACCAUGCCACCCCACCCACAGCCAGCACUGCCCUGCUUUCAUGAAGGUGGUGUCGAUUUUCCAAUUGAGAAAACAAGGAACAAGCUGAGUGAGUGAUUGAAAUUCCACAGUUCCCUGAUAGUUAGUGCAGCAAUUUUAAAAGCACCUACAGU